GUGUUCCUGUACGAGAGGUACAGGAGAGCAGACAAGUUUGCCACGCUGGCGUGCGUCGUCAGCACCAUGGUGAUGAACUGGUCCACGCCCUCGUGGAUGAAGGCCGCCUCCGGAGGGCACCUCGUCGACUUCCCGCUCAAGCGGGCCCUGGACUUCGCGGUCGGCACCUGGAGCAACUCCGGCUUCAUGGCCUACCUCUGCGUCUGGGCGGCGCUGCUCAUCACCUGCCUCUACGUGGUGGCGUUCGUCUCCGUGCGCAAC